CAAAAACUUGAUGGAGGCCGCACAGUUCCGCUUUCUUGGAAGUCCAAGGCGAAAGUAUUUUUUCCUUUAUUUAUUUACUUAACCCAUUAAUUUUUAUUCGUAAGCCACCUAAUUACCCAAAUUCUUAAUUUUGGCGCGUCUCCCACUUUUAACUAACGAUUAAACGAAUACCUCAAAUUAUUUACUGGUAUUUUCCCACGCCGUACUGUAAAAGUUGGAGUAUGUUCAACGUUUUAUUUACUGAUUCAGUCGUCUUUUGUUUCGUUUCGAUUACUUUGAUAUAUUAAAAUCAAAGACAACGUUCUCAUUUUAUUGCUCUAAUUAAACACCGAAUCUAUACUGGAGUGAAAACAAAAAUAGCCUAAAUAAAAAGUUACCACUAGAUGGAGACAUCAUAGUCUUGUGUCAACUAGUAUCCCAGUGACCAUUAACAGACCUGAGCUACACAUUGGGUUUUUUUUUUUACUUUCAGUACACUUUAGGAAAUAUAUACAUGGAAUAAGGUUGUAUUUCUAACCUUCUAGUUUUAGCAGUAACGUGUUUAGUAAUAACGCUCCAAUUUGCUUGGCUUUUUGCGAGCUAAAGGCUAAUUGGUAGCUAAUACAGUAGACACCGAAUGCGCAUCACGACGGUGCGUUCCGCCGGGGGACACACACGGCCAGCAAAGAGAAGCUGCUGUGUUUAGAAAAUGGCCGACAGAUUUUCUCGUUUCAACGAGGAGCGUGAUUUCCAGGGCGGGAAUCACUUUGACCAGUAUGAAGAUGGCCAAGUGGAGCUGGAGCAGGCAUCCCUGGACAAGCCCAUUGAAUCGCGAAUUGGCUCCCCAAUUAGCUAAGCAGCAAUGACCCGGUUUGUAUUUGCACGCUCUGCUUUCUUACUCCUGUCUCUAGGGUCCUUGUAACGCUUUUCUUCACUGUUGUUGUCUCUCUUUCUCGCUCUUACUCACCACUGUUACACUCUCAAUCUCUUCUCUCUAUCUCUGUCUGAAUUUCUGUCUCGCUCCCUCCCUACUACACAGUGAUUCGGUGUACAGUACCCUCUGUCAUUCUGUGCUGGCAUGGUGCUUGUGCAACUGGGACUGCAUUUUCUUCUUUAUUUUUUUGGCUAAGAGGCUCAUAAAGAAUAGCGCAGGCAGCUCUCUCUCUCUCUUUUUUUUUUUUACUGUCCCCCGUCCUCUCUGUCCCCUCUUCAAGUGGUCACUGAAACCUCCAGUUAAGCAGGCCCAAGCCGCUCUUUGCCUCCUUGCAGUCGAGCCAGCCCUCUUCCUCCCUGAACCGGUCAGACUGGAACAACAGCCAGCACCAACAUAUUUGAAACAAUUGUUCUCUGUUCCGCACCGAGCUGCAACGAAAUGGCUCUUUCUGUUUGACACCUAUUCCAACAUGGAGGGAGUCAUCCACGAGUGUGUGGGUGGUGGAGAAAUGCAAAAGGACGAGAGGUGGCCUGCUUACCUGGUUUGAGUGGCUCUUCUGCUCCUGCGCUAUUAUUUAUGACUGGAGGAGGGUGGGGGGAGACACACACCGAGAGCUGAGCUGCAGUUGCCAACCAUGCAACGUUGUUCGAGUAAAAAGUGGUCAAAUGAUCAAAUGCAGAUUUAUGUGUUCAGUGGUACCUUGAUUUCUGAGGAAUGUCAAUAAAUUGUUUCUUUUAAAAAAGUGUCAUUACUGCACAUUCGGAUAAGUCAGAAGCCACGUCAACUGCGCCCGAGCUGUAUGCCCAUUAGAGGGCGGGGCCAUCAGGAACGUGUCUGCGUGAGGUUCAGAGACGUGAGUUUUGGGCUACUGUAGCCGAUUGGUUCGUCGCCGUCAAACUUUAAAACACGUUCAACUUUUUACAACCGUUAAAAUCUAGCAAACACCUUUGGAACCUUGAACGUACCCGGACGAAAUGACGACUUUCGGGCCUUGCGCAAACACUCGCCAACCUUCACUUCUUGAUGAGGGACGCGCUUGAAAAAGGCAUUGAAUACAUCAAUCCAAAAAAACCAAGGCCUUAAUUGGCACUAAAAUGUAUUAAAAAUGCAAACGUGAUCAUACAAUUUUAUGAUGAUCAAUGGUAUGUACUCUCAAAUCUGCAAAUAAACGAACAUUCUUUCGAAAAUAAUGUACCGUAUGACUCUUGCACAACCAACAAACCGUCAAUGUGGUUUUAGUUGGAACUCGCAGCAACAGACGCAUGUCAUUUAUGAUUAUCCAUUAAUCAUAUAUGUAAUAUAUAUUUUGUAUUUAUUAUUAACAGUACUGUAACAUAGAUAGGCCAUUAAAUAAUGUAUCAUUUCAAAUGGGAUGAAAAAGUCUUGUGUUUAAUCUUUCAAGGUACCACUGUACUUCGCAGAGCCCGAUCAUGAUCGAUUGUCUCACAAGCUCGUCUUAUCUUUCAGUGAACGGUUCAGCGUGGCAUCUCGGAGCCCCCUCCCCUCAACCUCUUGUUGUAUGUCAUUCAUAGGCAGCUAGAGGUCUGUGGUACUUGACUGGGAUCUUUGACUCGUGUCUUUACGCCUCUCUCUCUCUAACAAUGGUUUUGCAUUGCAUGCGUGGUAAUAUUCAGUACGACACCACCGAUUGUCGUCUUCAACCCCACCGCCCCCCUCUCCUUUUUUUACUUCCCUCCUCGAUCAUCCACCCCCACCCUUGUCUUACCCGACCCCCGCCACCCCACCCCAACCCAGACCGAUAUGCAGUGGGUACCCUCGGAGCCAUAAAAUGCACAUCUGUACGCCAAUCACUUAGACCGCCAAUGAUUUUUAGUGGAAACCAGAUGAAGGGAACUUCUUUUCCCAAUCAACCACACGAGUUACCGCUGACUUCCUUUACUAGUCCCUCACGUACCUUUUAAAGGCAUUUUACUCGGCUACAAACAUCAGAAUGGAGAGGUAAGUAUCCUGCCUGUAUGUUAUUAACUAUUCUUAGAAUAGAACAUUCACUCGAGUCACAACGGUCCACCUUUCAGAAUGGACCGUUGCACAAGCGCUUACUGGUGCUCGACAAGUUUUGAAAUGUGGCCCGUCAGCGCACAUGCUAAAUUUGCCAACGCGUAGACUACUUUGUAGUCAUCUCAGAACUUGACAAAUGAUUUUAGCUUUUGCCAUUUAUAAUUCUCAUGCCAAAAUAAUAUCCACGAAAACCCCCCGAUUUUUGCAUCGACCGACGACGUUAGUACUCUGACGUCUCUCGGUGGGCUCCGCUGCAUAUCUCUUCCCACGGCCAUAUCUUUGCAAGGCACUGUGCCGGUAACAGCGCAGUGCACACAAUCUCCAAAACCCGCCCUCCCCAGUUUGUAGAGGACUUUUGUUUGGAUAACAUUUUCUGCUUUUCUUUUCUCCUGUACUAACAGUUGGAUUUUUGGGGGGUGAUUUUUUUUGACAUGCCUACCUUUUCUGUUUGUAUACAGUAUUGAUUUUUUUUAUGUAGCAGAGAGAAGCAGUUUUAGAUUUAUUCAAUUUUUUUUUAAGUAGUAGACAAAGUUAGCAGAAUUAAAGUUGAAAGCGUUUGGCUGGAUUCUUACGUUGUGUCACGUGUGACUGUUUUUUUGACAGCCCAGUAUUUUAAAGCCAGGUUCGUAUGGAAAUGCCUUCACUCCACUUGCACUGCUGUUGGACUCGCCGUCUUUGCUUCCAUCCGUCCGUCCGUCCUUCCGUCCAUUCUUCUGGUGCACUCGUAUCUGUCGCUCCGACACGCAGCCGGCACCUCAUCUCUGCCGCCAGUCACAAAUCUCGCCCUAACCAGCCCUUCCUCUUUUUAAAUGUAGACGGAAGGAAACAAGGUUUGUGCAAACACAUUGAAGAAUUUGCAGCAUUGUCUUAUUUUAAUCAGGCCAUUUGCUCGGGGAGCUUCUUAUUAAACCGGCUUCUCUGAGCCUCUGCCCUAAAUCAACAAAGAUGCGAUUGUAGCAUAAUCUGGCAGUAUCGGACUGAGAGAGGCCUAUAGGGUGGGUUGAAACAUCCUAUGCACCAUACUUUGCAAUGUCCCCCCCUAACACACAAUGAAAUCAGCGAAUCAGGCUAAGAGGGAGGAAAUGCUUCAGAAUCCUCACGUUAGCCGUGUCGUUAAACACAAUCAUAGCUUUUUGUAAUGGCCUUAAAUUUGAGGUGCAUUUCCAUUAAGUGGUGUAAGUUGGUUCGGGGUUGGCUUGGUACUGUUUGGAACUCAUCUAUCGCGACCAGGAGUAAUCUUGCGUAGUAACAUUAAACCUGUAAAAUAAUCAACUGCUUGAAACGUUUGCAUUUGUGUUCUUCCUGUUAUUUUCCUCACGUUUCAUGUUCGGUUCAAUUUGAUUGACUUAGCUGUGAACUAUUUGACUUCUCUCAAGGCGCUAUCCAUGUUGUCACUCUCGGGCAGAAUCCUCGUAUCGUUUUAAGUUGGUGUCAUAUUUGAAUCCUGUUAACAUCAACACAAAACCACACCAAACUCGGGCUCAAUUGAUCAUUUAAUAAACUAAAAAAAUGGCAUAAUUAUCGACUCAUUAGAUUGCGCUCGCGCUAACCUCCUGACAGGACAAAAAAAGCCUUUGAUAUUUAACAAAAGCAAAUGAGCGUGGUUGCAUCAUCUUCGCCAACUCUCUUUCAAAAUUCUGAGGGCCGUCAAUGAUGCGGUACAAAAAAAAGGCGAGCUGAAAAAAGGUUGUCUCCAAGGCAAAAAUAAAUCUGCACGCACGCUUACCUUUCGUUGCGUGUGCUCCCUUCUGCGCGAAGCUUCACAGAUAUUUAUUUUGAACAAAACUGACUGACUGAUUACUUUUUACUCGUUGGUCUUAAAUAGCAACCAGUCUUUUUGGCUUUGAGACAACGUUUUGCUGCAUGGCUCCUGUGGAGUGUGAAUCAUGAUCCUCACACCUCGAGAGACCAACUAAGCUCCACGUGAGCAAGCACUUGGCAACGAAAAUUCUUUCUCAAGGAGAAAUCUCAAAACGACUCGCGACCCGGUGUAGGGUGGCCGCCGUCUGCCUCGACAGAUUGCAGUUACCUCCAUCGCGGCUGUGUUGUACCACAACACCCAGCACAAGGUUGCCUGUGACUCAUCAGUAUUUUGGCACCUUCCAAACCACCUGACGAUGGAGCUGUACCCUAACCGUACCACUUGGUGGAAACAUAGAUCUCAAUUUCGACAUGAUAAUCACACUUUUGACAUGGGAAGUGGCCUCUUUGGGUUUGUUCAGACCUACCCGAGCUAUGCUUGCAGAAUUGUUAAAUCGGAAGCGGUUGGCCUUGAAGAAGCCGUCCCAAACGAGGACUUUGUUUGGCUGAGAUGCUGUGCAAUGCUGCGUGUAACCGCCACUCCCUUUCACAUGCACUAACCCAUCCAUAUUUGUUUAUCUUUCACGUCCCCGACCCAAAACGCUUCCGUCCGCCAUGGCUUAGCCUGCUCUCUACUGCCCCCUGUACAUCUCAUCUAUUCUUUAAGUAAAGAAAAAAAAACAUCUAAAAAGGGCCCCAUUGAGCCAUCACCACCUUCUCUGUGCCUGAUUCACCUGAGACUAACUCACGUUGGUGGCGUUAACACGCUCCCUCCACUCCCGCCUCCUCAGAUGUAUGUGCACCUUUGGCAGUGUGUUACUAAUACCCAAGAUGCUUUUUGUUAAAGCCAUUGUAACAAAAAGCUGCAUGCAGGGUUUUUUUUCCUUUUGUUCCAACCCCCCUUCACCUUACGUUUUCAUGAACAUUGAUGUCAAUCUCUUUGUGAUUAUAAAUAUCCUUCAUCUUUGGUUUGUAUGUUUUGCUUUUUUUUGGGGGGGGGGGCGGGGUAGAAUGCAACACUUUGGUGAAUGUUAGAUAAGCCCGGAAUAGUUAUAAUCACAAUAGAACAACACUUUUAACUGAAGACAUUUUCAGUGUCAUUUUUAUUUGUGCUUGAGGUUGUACUGUAGUGUUGGGGACAGUCUUGCAUUUCACCUAAUGUUUUCAGGUUUGCUUUUUAUUUUUUCCUUGCCGACCCAUACUAUUGACAUAACCGUCUCUGGAGACUUGCACAUUUCAACCCAGAAAUUUGGAAGGAAUUCCUGUUGCGCAUGUUCGUACGCUCCUGUUUGCGAUUCAUCUUCACUGGGUGGAUUUUGGCAAUAAUAUGCAACAAUCCAGAACGAUUAGACUUCAAAAUGAGAUGGCCUCUUUGCGAAUGGUGUUUGGGAAUAUAAUUAUGAAAUGAGACAUCAAGCCAGGCUAACCAAAUACCCACUUGUAGAGAAAGAAGUAGCAUUGGAAAUCAUGAUAAUUAUUAGCGCUUGUCCUCAUUCGCCUUGCAGGUGACUGCAGCCUGCCCGAGCUGACUUCAGGCCGGUCAGUCAAAAAGUCAUUUUUUAACAGGAGAGGCCUCCUACUAAUAAUGAACUUGUCCCUUGCUCGUGACUGUAGUGCAAAACUGGGCAAAUGCACGAAUUUGCAACUUGCAUAGAAGGUCAUUUAAUCCAGUUAAGUGGGGUCUUUCAUCUUAAUAAUACCAAUUUCUAUUUCCAAGAAUAAUAAUAACUAACAUACAAAUAGAACAUGCACAAUGGCAAUUUCCGAUUUGUUUUCAGUGGUGCUAUUUUUUGCAUACCUCAUCUCCCCCGUUUUGGCCUGCGCAUAUCCCCUUCACGCGUGCGCAUUCUGUCCACCCCCGACCGGGCCUUGUAAUGGUAAUCCAAGGCCCCGCUAGCAUCACUCCUGUCUUUUCCUCUCGCUUUUUUUUUCUUCUUUUGUGUAUUUUAUUUGUGACAGCUCCGUGUUUCAUGGUGCUCCCCUUCCGCCACCCCCACCUCCUGUCAUGGUUACAGAAUCACAGCAAGCUUGGAGUUUCUGGUCGUCAUUUUGUUAAUGCAAGAUUUCCAUACUUGUUCUGUGUCACUUUUUCUUUGUUGACUAAGAUCUUGCUCUGUAGUGGUUCAUAUCUAUCUGUGUGCGCUUGUUUGUGUGAUGCAUAUAUUGCCCUUCUUCCUCCUUCCCCUUCCAACCUUUCGUGAUCGAUGUCAUGGCCUUCGAAUGGAUGUUCACACACUCCCACGUUAGGAUUUAUUGUAGUGUACAGACUACACAUAGCCUCAUUUAUUGGUGGUGGGGGGUGGGGGGGAAACCAACAACAGCGCCCCCUCAGACUCCCCACACUUGUGAUGGAAGACACUGACGUACACUUUGUAGUUGACGUGGAUGACGUUAAUGAUGACGAUGGUGGUGGUGGUGGUUGUGCUGAUGAUCGUGUGAGCCGAGUGCUUUGUUGUUGUGUGAAGCGGGACUUCACGGCGGGAAAAGCGCCUCUUAUUAUUGGAAUGUUUCUGGUUUCUCUCCUCUCUCCUAUCUGCUAGGACAACAUCGGGCACCGGCUGCUACAGAAACAUGGCUGGAAGUUGGGCCAGGGCCUGGGCAAAACCAUGCAGGCGAUUUGAUCCUGCCCAUGUUGUGCUGAUGGUAAACUUAGUGGUAAAUGUUAUUUUAUCCCCCAAUUGAAUUGUUUUUUUUUUGUUUUCUCCCAUUUUUUGUUUCUCCUGUCAUCACAGCACCAAUGCUACUACAUAGGCUUUCAAUUCUCUCCGUAUUAGUCCUCAUUCUGCUGCUUGUAUAUAUUAUCAUGCAUUUACGUAUUUCUCUUAGAACAUUGUCAUUUUGUUUUCAAUUUUUUUCCUUCUUUCUUUUUAAAAAAAAACCUUGUGAUUCACACCUUGUGAUUUAGAUGCACAUCGUUGUUGUUGUCUGGUCCCUUUCUUUUUCCACUGGGAUGGGUAAUGUGGACGUUUUGUCACUGUGUUUGACGAUUGGUGGUAAGAUUUGGGAUGCAAUUGUUAAUGAAUCUUUUAAUUCUGGGCUGGGCUUGCGACUCCAUUCAGACAAACCACUGCAGUGGACUGACAUGCAUGCCAACCCCCUACCAGUGUACUUAUUUCACUCUCUGGAUCAGCAUACCAGACAAUCACCCAUUUCACCCUUUUUCCCCUGAAUUAAGGAAUCGUCAGUGAGGCAGUCAGUUUGAAUGUGCCUCUUUCACUGCACAGUAUCCAGUCGGUUUUUUGACACACAGUUCGUGUAAAAUUACCACUUCAGAAAAGUAGAUCCACAGUUUCUCCACAUUUUCAUUUUAUACCAUUUGGGUAUUGCCGCCACUGCCUUUUGUUUCCCUCAGCGACGUCCUAUCUUGCAGUAAUUACAUGCGAGAUGACAAAUAGCAAGGUCGGGUGCUUUAAACCCAUGAAGGAAACGAGUACGAGGUUCAGACAUAUCUUUGCCCCGGCACUGUAAAAUACCUGAACACUUGGGCCUCUGUUAUCGCUCCUAUACACCUUUGUUCAUUCGUGGAGAACAUUAGUCAGGGCAACUCUCGUUGAAUACACUCCUGAAAAUGACAAAAAUAAACACAAGUUAAUGUUAGCUGAACUUAUUGAUGUGCAUCAGUUGGAGAUGGAGCAGUAAUGGACUCCACAGUCUCAACCUUUGCUGCGCUGGUCCACUUUCUUGCUGCCUCUUCUUCUCCUCCGUUGUCUUGUUUCCAAGUUAAGUGGGCAAAAAGCAAGAUGAGCUUUGCCCCAAACAGACACAAAUAGAGUUGAGCUGGUCCAAUCCAGGCUGGUACUGUGCAGUGGAAAAGGGUCAAAAGGAUGUAAAGAGUUGACAGACACUGCAGUGGGCCUGAGAGUCCAGGCAGGCCGUAAUGUUACAAUGCCCAUGCAUUUGUGAUUUCAGAAUUGAAUGUCAUUGGGCUGUGAUAAUUUCUCCAAAGGAAGUCGAGGAAACAAUUUCCCUGUUUUUGGCCUCCUAUGGGAAGAAAAGCACUCUCCCUCGAUAUUAGUGCAUUUAUAUUGACGUAAAUAUUUCAUAAGUAACAGCCAUGCAAAAGUAUUAGUUGUUAAAUAGUAUUUACAUGUCCAUCCAUGUAGCUAUGUCAUACGCCCAAUGGUAUAUGCGCGAACGUGAUUCACUGCAACCAAAACUGCGUGUGAGGGGGAGGGGUGGGGGGGGGGGGGGUGAAAGCUGAAACCAUACUGACAUUAACUGAAACGAAAAUCAGUAAGACUGGUUGUUGUAUCUGGCUGGUAAGAGGAGCAACACACACGGAUCCAUAUAUAUAUAAAGCAUAUGUAUAUAUGGGAAAUAGAAACUUGUGAGAAUUCCCUGCCUAUCUGUGUCUGUACCCCCUGACUACUCCCCCCCCCCCCCCCCCCCCCCUUCCAUGUGUUCACGGGUAAGUAUCCCCAUCCCUUGCACUGUCACCAUGGCGAUACCUUGGCCUGUGACGUCACUACUGCUGUAGUUCAUUGCUUGUGUCUUGUUUUUGUUUUUAUUUGACUACAGUAUGUCUUUAUCUCAAUCUGCUUUGUUUGGCUGAUUAUGAGUGGAUUAAGCCGUUUACAUCUCAAUCUUCCAAGUAGUGUUGAUUUCUUUUUUUUUUUUUAAUUUUCUUUUGGUUGUCUUGUUGAUUUUUUUUUUUCUCGACAGUUACUUUCCUUCUGAUCUAGCUCUUUUCACAGCUUACGGAUAAACUUUACAAAGAGGUUUGGGGCAACUAUGUAAACUAUAGACCGAGAAAUCAGAUGACACUCAGGAAGGGAUGGUGAUGCAAUAGGCUGCAGAAUACACAACAAGCUUUUGUUGUCCUCACGGACGAUGUCGCUUGUGUGUGUGCGCGCCGACCUGUUGCCGCUCCCUUUUUGUCGACACUUAGAUGAUUAAUUAUAAGGCAUACCACAAAUUUGAUAGUUAUUGCACUUAAGCACAUCAGUCACCAAGUAAUCGAAACUUGCUAUCUCAUCAGUAAGCUGUGAGAAUGGCUGGCGUUUGGUUCACUGUAGCUUUCUGGUCUCUUUGCACUUUUUUAAAAGGCUAAUUUCUCUAACCCCAGCACCCUAUGCUCUUAAAAGCAGGCUGUUUCCGAGCUGGCCUUCCACCCAGCAACUUUAAGAAACAACUCACCUUGUCAUUUCUCUGUCUCUUGUUCCCUCAGGACGCACGGACCCCGUGCCCAUUAUUCUUAAAUAUGAUGUCAUGGGGAUGGGACGGAUGGAGAUGGAGAUGGACUAUGCAGAGGAUGCCACAGAGAAAAGAAGAGUGCUCGAAGUGGAAAAGGAAGAGACAGAAGAGCUGCGGCAGAAAUACAAGGAUCAGAUUGAGAAGGAGAAAGCAAUUGCAAAAGCCCUGGAAGACCUGAGGGCUAAUUUCUACUGUGAACUGUGUGACAAGCAGUACACCAAGCACCAGGAAUUUGACAACCACAUCAACUCCUAUGACCACGCUCACAAGCAGAGGCUGAAAGAGCUCAAGCAGCGGGAGUUUGCUCGGAAUGUGUCUUCGCGUUCCCGCAAAGGUGGAAAGAAACAGGAAAAGAUGCUGCGUCGUCUUCACGAGCUGGCUGAGCAGAGGAAGCAACAGGACCGCACUCCGGGAAGUGGACCCAUGUUCAAAACCACCACAGUGGCUAUAGAUGGCGAGAAAGCCGAAGAUGGAGAUAUCUUUGCCCCUGAGACUGCUAUUGUGACCGAGCCUGCCUUCGAGGUCUUUGUUCCAGACAAAAGCGAACGAGCCUCCCCGAAGCCUGCGCCGACGUUGAGCUUCUCCUUGGGCAAGAAGAAGAACUGCUCCUCACCUAGCGCCAGCGCGUCCUCCAAAGUCAGUGUGUCGUUCUCCUUCGCCAAGAAGGCACCGGUGAAGCUGGAGACGGUGGCUGCGGUGUUUACCGAUCCCGGCGAGGAGGUCAUCGAAGGAGAGGAUGGCGAGGAGGGAGAAAAGGCGGCGGUCCAAGAUGAAGCGUCUGCCUGCAACGCUGACAGCCCCAAAGGAGGCUCGCGCGUAAGUGAUGGAGGAGAGUCCAGCGUUGCGACGGGGACAGAGGAGACGCAGCAGUCCAACGACGGAAACUCGCUGGCCUCGACGCUCAACAAGCUGAAAAUGAUGAUGAAGAAGGAGGAGAGCUAUGCAGGACAGGAUCCCCAGUACUACCACUACAUGCCCCCAGCGCACUGUCGAGUGAAGCCUCACUUCCAGUUUCUGCUGUUCAUGAAGGCAACUGAUCAGAAUCAGAGUAAAGAAGAAGAUGACGAUGAGGACGAAGUGCAGGAGGAGAAGGUUGAGACCGCUUCUCAGGAGUCCAACGUCGUCGAGUGCAGCAACGAAGAUGACGACGAUGAUGAUGCCAUCACCGCCUCAACCCCUGAAGCUCAACAAACUCCUCAGCCUUCAAAAGUGAAGGAAGAGGACAACACUGCAUGCGCAGUGGAGACGACUCCUGAUCUUCCAUCUUCCCUUAAGCAGAAAGAAGAAAGCUCACCACCACCACCGCAGCCUUUAGACUCCAACUUGGGUCCCAAGAUUCCCAUGGGUCCCUUCUUCCCCGUGUUGAGUAAAGAUGAGAGCACCACCUUGCAGUGGCCCUCCGAGCUCCUCGAGUUCACCAAAGCGCCGCCUUCAGUGUCUUACAGCUGCAAUCCUUUAUACUUUGAUUUCAAGCGGUCUCGGAACAAGGGCAUGCGUGCUGGGAAGGCUGUUAAGUCUCCAAAGCCUGGCGAGCCGCCUGACAAAGAAAAGCAGAAAGAGAUAACCCCUAAGGCGGAACCCGUUGCUAAAACAGAGCUCAACAGUGAUGGGGCCGCCGUGAAAGCGCAACAUGGCCAUUCCGAAAGUGGCGAUCAAACGGUAGCGACGGGCGGCGGCAGCGCCAAGAAGAAAAAGAAGAAGAAGAAGCACAAAAAGUCGACAAAACAUUCGAAGCGCAAAGCACAAGCUAAAGACGCACUCGCGGAAGAUGCGCAGGGCGAGACCGAACCAACUCAAGAGAUGCCCAAGAAAAAGAAAAAGCACAAAAGAAAGAAGAGCAAGAACAAAGCAGCGGAUCAAGAAGAAGCUGCAGGUGAGGAAAAGGAGAAAGCCAAGGAAAAGUCUGAAGUUAAACCCGAGCCUUCCUCAGUGCAGGCCCCAGCUGGAAGAGUUGGAGGAACUGGGAAGCGUAAACGGGCUAUGAAGGGCCCUACGAGCAGGUCAGGAGUAGCGGAAAGGAGCACUGGAAAAAGCUUAGACAAAGCUAGUACCUCCGAGGAGCACGGCAGCAACAAGCGACUAAAAACAGAUUCCGGGCCCUCCCAGAGCGCCUCUUGUUCCACCUCGGCUCAGAAAAGCCCGGGUCCCGGAAGACCUCCCAGUAGCGAGAGUGAGGAGGAAGGUGGUUCCACCACUCGGCGUUCGCGCCAUCACCGGUCGAGUCCUCGGGAGGAGCGGCGUCACCACAGCGAGGAGUCGAGGCGCUCCGGCAGCCGCUCUUCGAGACGCGGCAGCAGCCGUCGACAGCACCACCGUGGCAAAACCUCCCAGAGUCGCUCUUAUUCCAGCAGCUCUGACCGCUCCUCAGCGGGAAGCAGCGCCUACAGCCACCGAAGCCGCAGCUACUCGGACAGCUACAGCGACUACAGUACAGAGGGACACCAGCGCAGGCACUCCAAACGCUCGUCGGACUCAGACUACGAAAGGCGGGGCAACCGAGGGCACCGGCGGUCCAGGCGGCGCCAGUACUCCUCGUCCUCCUCCGACGAUUCCCGCUCACGGUCGCGCAGCUACAGCCGCAGGAAGCGGCACCGGCGCCACCACCGCAGCACCUCCAGGAGCUCCACGAGCUGGAGCCGCAGCACCAGCGUUCGAUCUUGGAGGCGCAGCUACAGCCGCAGCCGCAGCUCGGGGAGCCGCUCAUCCAGCUCGGCCAAGGGCUCCCCACACCGCCGGAGCGCGCAGAGCCGAGCGGGCAGCGAGACCCUGCGCAGGGACUUUAACCGGACCAGCGUCUAUCGCUCGCAGUCGCCGCGAUCCGCCUCACGCGGUCUUACCCGCACCGCCAUCAGCUCACAAGCUCAGCGGCUCAGCGGCUCCCGGGAUGCGGGCGAGUACAAAAACUCCCUCACGGCACGUCAGCUCUUGGAGAAGAUUCAGUCGAAAAAGAAUUCCGACGAUCCCAUCGCAGCAACCAAAUCUGGUUUAAAGAUCAAGGACCCACCGCAGGGAUACUUUGGUCCCAAACUACCGCCAUCUACCAAAAGCAUGCUGCCGCUUUUUGGUAAGCUUCAAGCGGCGAAGAAAGCACCCGUGAUCCCACCGAACAGAACGGAUGAGUGUGACAAACCUGGAGAAGGGAAGAGCACGGAGGCUGAUGGAGAAGUUAUCCUGGUGGAGCCCAUAAGGGAAUUCCCGCCGCCGCCUCCACCUCCGCCACCUCCAGUUCUGCCAGUGCAGAAAGUCGAGGAGACCCCACAGAGCGUGACAGUACAGGAAGAGACGCAACAGCCGACAUCGGACACUCAGGUGCUGCAAGAACCCCGGCUACUUUAUGAGCAGGACUCCUCCGUGAUGAUACCUCAGUACCAAGGGGAACUCGGGCAGGAGCCCUUGCAGAACCCCAUGAUGGAGACCCUCAUGCCCGACAUGCAACAGCAGCAGCCCCCGAUGCACGGCUACCCCAUGUACGCGCCUGCCGGCCUAGAGGAGGACGGGCUGGAGGCAGAGGAAGACGGCCUGGCACCGCUGGAGAGUCAGCCCAUCACCUUCACGCCGGAGGAGAUGGAGAAGUACAGCAAGCUGCAGCAGGCGGCGCAGCAGCACAUCCAGCAGCAGCUGCUGGCCAAGCAGGUCAAGAGCUUCCCGCCGGCCGCCGUGGCCGCUACCGCCGCCCUGGCGCCGGCGCCUCCCCCACCCGCCCUGCAGCAGAUCCACAUCCAGCAGCCCGCUGUAUCGGUGGCGUCGGGCACGUCCAUCACCACCGUGCAACACGCCAUUCUGCAGCACCACGCUGCCACUGCUGCCGCCAUGGGCAUCCACCCGGCGCACCACCCGCACCCCGCCCAUGCCCAGCUGGCCCAGGUGCACCACAUACCACAGCACCACCUCACCCCCAUUUCCUUAUCCCCCUUGGGUCACACUCUUGGACACUCGCUGGGACACGCCGGGCUGAUCCCCGCCCACCACACCGCCUUCCUUUCCGGGCAGCCCAUACACAUCAUCCCAGCCUCGGCGCUCCAUCACACACCCUUGGCCUUCCACCACGUGCCCCACGCCGCCCUCUACCCUACGCUCUUCACACCCAGACCCUCGCAGGCGGCGGCGGCAGCAGCGGCGGCUCUCCAGCUCCACCCGCUCCUCCACCCCAUCUUCUCAGGGCAGGACCUCCAGCAUCCAUCUAACCACGGCACUUGAGCAGGUGAGAAGUCUGAUUGGACACUCAUUCUUCUCUUUUGGAGGUUUUUGCAGCCCCCCGACUUACUCCAGACACUGGCUUGGUUCUGCGAUGCGGUACGAAAACAGGAUGUGUUUUUUUUAACUCACUGGAUGAUUUUUUCCCCCCCCUAUUUUGUAUUUUUGUUUUUCAGCCAGUGAAUAAAUGGCCAAAGCCAUGAGAAAAUUUGGAAUGACAAGAAAAUACAGGGGUGAGCAACUAUAUACAGCCCAUACGUCAUUUAAGGAGUACUACCCCUGCUUUAACAUGACUACUUUUACUUGCAGUAACGUGUACAUAUAUCAGUGUGCAAUCUGAAGAAUCCCACCCAAAGAAUUGGUGGCUGAGAUCAUCGCGACUAUUUGCGCUACGAUUAACCCCCGGCCCCAAUUCGCAAUGUCGAGUGACAUUUCUUGCACUGAAAUCUUAUUCAAAGAUUGUAGUAUACUGCAAUAAUUUUUUUUUGUUUUAUUUGUAAAUUAUUUUCCAAGAUGUGCUUUUCCAAGAAGGAAUGGUAGUUUUUUUCCCCGUUGUGUAUUUUUGUUUUGUAAAUAACCUUAACAUUCUUGGUCAAGGAAGUUGCUCUCUUGCCUCAAUGGGCCUCAAACUGUAGCUACUCUGUAUUUUUCUUUCAAACUAACUGUUUCAGCCAAUAAACCCUUGAGUUCA